GCUGCCCCGGUGCAUUGUGGGUCAUGUGUUCGGAGGAGCGGCAGCCCGGCGUGUCUCAGAAGAUCUCAACACCCUCAUCGCUUAGCAACAGUAGCUCCUCCUCCAAACAUGACGGCCGACAGGACAGCUGGGAGAUGGUGGAGGCUCUCUACUUUAAAAUGGUACCAGCCACUAUGCAGGAGCCUAAUAAACAGGAAGGAUACGUGCUGAAGAGGAGGAAGUGGCCAAUGAAGGGAUGGCACAAGAGGUACUUCCUGUUGGAUAAGGGGAUUCUGAAGUACAGCAAGUGUGCUGCUGAUAUGGAGCGCGGUAAGCUGCAUGGUUGUAUUGACGUUGGUCUGUCCGUCAUGGCGAUUAAGAAGAAAGCCAAGUGCAUCGACCUCAACGCAGAAGAGAACAUAUAUCACCUCAAGGUCAAGUCUCAGGAGCUGUUUGAUGAGUGGGUGUCUCAGCUUCGUCGUCAUCGAGUGUUCCGUCAGAAUGAGAUCAUCAUCUCACCGCUCGACAAAACACACACACGACGCCUGACACACACGCACACACACUCACACUCACGCUCACCCACACACUCACACACACGCUCACCCACACACUCACCCACACACUUCCCUCCCAGCCCGCCAGCCAAUGCCACACACACUCCCAGCACUAAGUCAUCUCAGGAUACAGUAGCAGAUUGGCUACACACCUCCGAUCACAACAUGGAGCAAUGCUCGAAAGAGUUGUGUGUGUGUGAGACUCAGCUUGGUGACCUAAACAGCCUGCUGGAGAAUAUGGAGGUGCUACACAGAACAUACUCAGCACCCGCUAUCAACGCCUUACAGGUGGCCUAUGGGAGUCCUAAGAAAGAGAAGAGGAGAUGGAGACCGAAACACUACAAGGAGGGGAAACACACACUACAGGUGCCUAGCUGCAUCUCGUCGGUGCGUCUGCAUGCGUCCAAUCCCAACCUCUCGUCUGCCGAGCUGGCCAAUGAGAUUGCAGAACAGCUUGACGCUCAUGAUGAUGUCACCAAACUACAGGAAGAGUUCUGUCAUAUCGCCGCGAACCUCCACAGCAGCAUGAGUGUGUGUCUCGAAUGGUUGAAGGAGGAGGCGGAUCGACUGAAGAAGGCGGAGUUACAGACAACUAGACACGCCCACAACAGUCACGUGACACCAACUAGUCACGCCCACAACAGCCAUGCGGCAUCCAGCUCCGCCCACAAUACUCAGGUUCUGAAGAUCGCACUCACACAGGAGCGUGGUCUGGUUCACCAGGUGUCGGUGGGCAGCCACUGCAGCCGAGGAUCCGUUUCUGAUUCGCUGACGGAAUUCUUUGACGCCCACGAAGUUCUACUGUCCAACAGCUCAUCAGAGAACGAGGCCUCUGAGGAUGACUCGUGUGUCAGUGAUGUCAGUGACAACGUCUCAGCUGACUUCAACACCGUCGCCGAGGAAACGGAACACAGCGACAUAGAAACAACAACAGGUUGGCGAGUGUGUCUUCCUGCUCCGAGCCCCAACACCAGUGGCAUCAGCCUGUGGAAUAUACUGAAGAACAACAUCGGAAAAGACCUGUCGAAGGUUGCCAUGCCAGUGCAGUUGAAUGAGCCGUUGAACACUCUGCAGCGUCUGUGUGAAGAACUGGAGUACAGCGAACUAUUGGACACCGCCGCACACACACACGACGCCUACACACGCAUGAUGUAUGUGGGUGUGUUUGCGGUGUCUGGCUAUGCCUCUAGUUAUUUCCGGGCGGGGGGGAAGCCCUUCAACCCUCUGCUGGGGGAGACAUACGAGUGCAACCGACCCGACAGAGGAUUCAGAUUCAUCGCAGAACAGGUGAGUCAUCAUCCUCCAGUGUCUGCGUGUCAUGCUGAGUCCAAAACCUUCAGCUUCUGGCAAGAUGUUCGCUGGAAGAACAAGUUCUGGGGGAAAUCCAUGGAGAUAGUUCCCAUAGGAACCACACACGUGGAACUACCGGGGUUUGGUGAUCAUUACGAGUGGAAUAAGGUGACGUCCUGUAUCCACAACAUCCUGAGCGGCCAACGCUGGAUAGAACACUAUGGAGAAAUCAACAUCAGGAACACACACAGCAACGCAUGCACUAUGAAGAUCACAUUCACUAAGGCUAAGUACUGGAGUUCGAGUGCUAAUGAGAUCCAGGGGGCGGUGCUUGAUGAGAAGGGGAAGACCGUCUUGACCGUGAUUGGUCGAUGGCAUGAGGCCCUCUACUGCGACGAUGCCCAAAUAUGGAGAGCCAACCCUAUGCCUGUAGACCAUGAUCAGUAUUACGGCUUCACUAAGUUUGCUGUGGAGCUGAAUGAGCUGAAGAGCAGCAUGAAGACGAGACUGCCCCCUACAGACACACGCCUACGACCUGACCAGAGGCUGCUUGAGGAGGGGUGUGUGGAGGCUGCAGAGGAGCAGAAGUCUCGAAUCGAGCAGCUGCAGAGAGAACGAAGACGAGUCCACGAGGACAACGACCUCACACACACACCUCGCUUCUUUACGAAGUCUCGUGAUGACAGUUGGAUCAGUAACGCCACCUACUGGGAGCUGAGAGCGGAGCCGGGAUUCAGCAGAAUGGACUUCCCUGUACUGUGGUGA